UGUCCCCUGUGCCACCUCUGCCUUCCGCCGCCACCCCCUCCCAGGCCCGGCUGGGCCCCGCUGACCACCCCGGGGGUCCUCCAGGCCACCGGACCCUCCCCAGCCGUGAGUGAAGCAGGAGGAGGAGGAGGAGCCCAUCGGGAUCAUCCGGACGUGGCGGUGGGACGGGGACCGACAUCUGUCACUUGUCACCGGCGGUGGCCCCACGGGGCCCCAGCGCCUCCGGUUCCUGCCCUUCCUGGAGGGAAGGGACCACCCUGCGCCGUGGGAGCUGCGCCAGGAGAGGUUGGACGCUCUGUGGUUUGGCCAGGGAUCAUCUAGAGGUCAUCUAGAGGUCAUCUAGAGGUCACCUAGAGGUCACCCAGGGGUCAUUCAGUGGCUCCUCGCUGGAUGUGGUCAGGGCCUCACCUGGUGCUGCUCUGGACAGGAGUGGUGACACUGGGAUUUCAUCUCUGCCAGGAUCUGAUCUCCACCAGGGUCUCACCUUGACCGGGAUCUCACUUAAACUGGGAUCUCAUCUCAUCUCAUCUCAUCUCAUCUCAUCUCAUCUCAUCUCAUCUCAUCUCAUCUCAUCUCAUCUCAUCUCCAUUGGGAUCUCACCUCCUUUGGGAUCUGAUCUCCACUGGGAUCUCACCUUGACCUGGAUCUCACUUAACCCGGGAUCUCAUCUCAUCUCGUCUCGUCUCAUCUCAUCUCCACUGGGAUCUCAUCUCCACUGGGAUCUCAUCUCCACCAGUUCCUCCCCAGAAAUUCAUCCCACCAGGACCCACCUCCAACAGCUCCUCCUCACAAUUCAUCCUGCCAGGACCCAGCUCUUGAAUUUCAUCCCUCCAGGACCCACCUCUGUUGAAUUUCAUCCCGCCAGGAUCCACCUCCCCAGAAGUUCACCCCACCAGGUGUCCCCUCUCCACCAGCUCGUCCCUGUGUCCCCAUGGAGGUGUGGCGCCAAUGUGCCCACUGGCUGGUGGCCGCGCGUGUCCUGCCCGCGGGACACCGGGCCAGCAGCCCCGGGGGACAGGUGUGGGACCUGGCGCAGGCUCUGCGGGACGGGGUCCUGCUGUGUCACCUCCUCAAUGCCCUCCUGCCCCGUGCUGUGCCACCCCGGGACAUCUGUCCCCGGCCCCAGAUGUCACAGUUCCUGUGCCUGAGGAACAUCCGCACCUUCCUGACCGCCUGCGCUGACAAAUUCGGGCUCCCCAAGCACCGGCUUUUUGGCGCUUUCGACCUCUUCGAUGUCCAGGAUUUUGGCAAGGUGAUUGAGACACUCUCAACGCUCUCCUGGACCCCGAUCGCACAGAGCAAAGGAUUCACGCCAUUCCCAUCCGAGGACAGCGUUGGGGACGAUGACAUUUACAGUGGCCUCUCUGACCUCAUCGAUGACACGGCCGAGGAGGACGAUGACCUCUACGACUGCGUGGAGGCCGAAGGGGACGACGGCGACGACGUCUACGAGGACCUGAUGAGGGUUGAGCCCCCCCCGGCCAUGGGGACGGUGGACCGGCGGCUCUGCUGCCUCCAGGAGCUGCGGCAGACGGAGGAGAGGUACACGGAGACACUGGAGUCCAUCUGCCAGCACUUCCUGCGGCCACUGCGGCACUUCCUGAGCCCCCAGGACAUGGAGAGCGUGUUCAUCAACGUGGAGGAGCUGCUGGAGCUGCACCGCCGUUUCCUGGGGGAGCUGCGGGGAGCGCUGGGGGGGGCGGGGGGGGGGCGCGCGCUGCCCCCCCUGUUCCUGCAGUACAAGGAGAGGUUCCUGCUCUACGGCCGCUACUGCAGCCAGGUGGAAGCGGCCGCGCGCCGCCUUGACCAACUCUCCACCUGCACUGACCUGCGCAUGAAGCUCCAGGAGUGCUCCCUGCGGGCCAACAACGGGCGCUUCUCGCUGCGGGACCUGCUGAUGGUGCCCAUGCAGAGGGUGCUGAAAUACCACCUGCUGCUCCAGGAGCUGGUGAAGCUGACCCCGGAUGCGGCCGAGCGGGAGCGGCUGCGGGGGGCGCUGGAUGCCAUGAGGGACCUGGCCCAGUGCGUGAACGAGGUCAAACGGGACAACGAGACCCUAAAGCAGCUCACGAGCAUCCAGCUGUGCCUGCACAACAUGCCACAGUCCCUGGCACAGUUCGGGCGCCCCAAGAUCGACGGGGAGCUGAAGGUCUCCAGCACUGAGAGGCGCUCCAAGGUGGACAGGUACGGCUUCCUGCUGGACAAGGUGCUGAUCAUCUGCAAGCGCCGCGGGGACUCGUACGAGACCAAGGACGUGGUGGACCUGCAGAGCCACCAGCUGCGAGACGGUGUCCUCGGACCACGGGACGGCAAGAAGUGGUCCCACACCUUCGUGCUGCUGCACACGGCCGGGCUGCAGGCCUACGAGCUCUUCUUCAAGACGCACGAGCUGAAGAAGAAGUGGCUGGAGCAGUUUGAGAUGGCCCUGUCCAACAUCUUCCCUGAGCACGCCCUGGCCGAUGGACACGACUUCCAGAUGUUCUCCUUCGAGGAUACCACAUCCUGCAAGGCCUGCCAGAUGUUGCUGAGGGGCACCUUCUACCAGGGCUAUCGCUGCAGCCGCUGCCGCGCCCCCGCACACAAGGAGUGCCUGGGGCGAGUGGGAACCUGUGGGAAGGCCGGAAGUGAUCCCGGCUCUGGCACUCGCAAGAACAAAUCGCAGCGGCCGGGACCCGACAAGAAACUGGGACUCCCCAAAAUGGAGAGCACCCAACCCUACAGUGGGGUGCCCCCCCCACCGGGGGUCCUGGGGCCCCCCCUGCGCAUCAGCCCCGGUGACGUCAUUGAGGUGACAACGGCUGAGGCCGAGGAGCUCUGGUGGCAGGGCCGGAACGUGGCCAGUGGGGAUCUGGGCUGGUUCCCCAGUAAUGCCGUCAGACCCUUCGUGUCCGUGCCGCUGCCGGAUCUCUCCGUCUAUCCCUGGUUUGGGGGGCCCCUGGAGCGCGCGGAGGCCGAGCAGGCGCUGUCCCCCCGCUCCGACGGCGCCUUCCUGGUGCGGCAGCGGCUGCGAGAGCCCAGGGACUUCGCCAUCAGCCUCAAGUACCGCGGGCAGGUGAAGCACAUCAAGGUGGCAGCCAGCGAGGGGCUCUACUGGGUCACCGAGAAAAAAGCGUUCAAGGGGCUGGUGGAGCUGGUGGAGUUCUACCAGCGGAAUUCUCUGCGGGAUUGCUUCAAGGCGCUGGACACGACGCUGGCCCUGCCCUACAGGGACCCCGAAAGUCGCACGGCACCCCGAGAACCCGGUGCCACCCGCAGCUUCGGCUCGGCCAAGGCCCGCUACGACUUCAGCGCGCGGGACCGGACGGAGCUGUCCCUGCGGGAAGGGGACAUCGUGCGGGUGCUCAGCAAGCGGGGACAGCCGGGCUGGUGGAAAGGGGAGAUCUACGGGAAGGUCGGUUGGUUUCCCGCCAAUUACGUGGACGAGGAUUUUUCGGAUUAUUGCUGACGUGGACACCCCCAAAUCCAGCGUCCCCCGAUGUCCCCAAACCCCGAUCCCGAUAAUUUAUGGGACAAUAAACGAGGAUGAGGACGAGCUCCAGGGCGGGGGGAAUUUUACGGGAACGGGCCCCAAUUCCAGGAAUUCUGGGAAAGCGC